GUCACGUGGUAUGGGGAGAGAUGGGCGGGGCACUGAAGGCGCUAGCGACGUCGGCGGCGCUGGCGCGCGGCGGUCGGAGUCCGCGGAUUUGGGUCCUCUACACGGCCCGCCCCCCGCCGCCGCCACCCCGCUGACCCCUGCCUUCUUCUCCGUCGCACUUCUCUCGGCUUUGGGUCGGUCCUGUCGGCCCUAGCGCGUUGGUUUGCGGGUGUGCGCAGGCGCGAGGGGGCGAUUAGCCCGGCUGGGUGGGCGGCAGAGCCCGGGAGCGCGCGGGCGAAACCAUGGCGGGCAGCGGCGCGGGGGGCGGUGGUGUCGGGGAGACGAAGGUGAUUUAUCACCUGGAUGAAGAAGAGACUCCUUACCUGGUGAAAAUCCCCGUGCCCGCCGAGCGCAUCACCCUUGGCGAUUUCAAGAGCGUCCUGCAGCGGCCCGCGGGCGCUAAGUACUUUUUCAAGUCUAUGGAUCAGGAUUUCGGUGUGGUGAAGGAAGAAAUUUCAGAUGACAGUGCUCGCCUCCCCUGCUUCAACGGAAGGGUGGUAUCCUGGCUAGUGUCAUCAGAUAACCCCCAGCCUGAGAUGGCUUCCACAGCCCAUGAGCCUAGGGCAGAACUGGUGCCUCCACCUCCACCACUACCCCCUUUGCCACCAGAAAGGACCAGUGGCAUUGGGGACUCCAGGCCUCCAUCUUUCCACCCUAAUGUGUCCAGCAGCCGUGAAAAUCUGGAGCCUGAGACAGAAACAGAGUCAGUAGUGUCUUUGCGACGGGAGCGACCUCGCAGGAGAGACAGCAGUGAGCAUGGUGUGGGGGGCCACCGACCCAGUGGCCCUUCGAGGCUGGAACGCCACCUGGCUGGGUACGAGAGCUCCUCUACCCUGAUGACUAGUGAGUUGGAGAGCACCAGCCUGGGGGACUCGGAUGAGGAUGACACCAUGAGCAGGUUUAGUAGCUCCACGGAGCAGAGCAGUGCAUCCCGCCUCCUUAAGCGUCACCGACGGCGGAGGAAACAGCGACCCCCCCGCCUGGAGAGGACCUCCUCCUUCAGCAGUGUCACCGACUCUACAAUGUCUCUCAACAUCAUCACAGUCACCCUAAAUAUGGAGAAGUACAACUUCCUGGGCAUCUCCAUUGUGGGCCAAAGCAACGAGCGGGGAGACGGUGGCAUCUACAUCGGCUCCAUCAUGAAGGGUGGGGCUGUGGCUGCUGAUGGGCGCAUCGAACCAGGGGACAUGCUUCUGCAGGUUAAUGACAUGAACUUUGAGAACAUGAGCAACGAUGAUGCAGUUAGGGUGCUGAGGGACAUUGUGCACAAGCCAGGCCCCAUCGUGUUGACCGUGGCCAAGUGCUGGGAUCCCUCUCCACAAGCUUAUUUUACUCUUCCCCGAAAUGAGCCCAUCCAGCCAAUUGACCCUGCUGCCUGGGUCUCACACUCUGCUGCACUGACUGGUACCUUCCCAGCCUAUCCCGGUUCCUCAUCCAUGAGCACCAUUACAUCUGGGUCCUCUUUGCCUGAUGGCUGUGAGGGCCAAGGUCUCUCCAUCCACACAGACAUGGCAUCUGUGACCAAGGCCAUGGCAGCUCCAGAGUCUGGACUGGAAGUUCGAGACCGCAUGUGGCUCAAGAUCACCAUUCCUAAUGCCUUUCUCGGCUCUGAUGUGGUUGACUGGCUCUACCAUCACGUGGAGGGCUUUCCUGAGCGGCGAGAGGCCCGCAAAUAUGCCAGUGGGCUGCUUAAGGCGGGCCUCAUUCGACACACCGUGAACAAGAUCACCUUCUCUGAGCAGUGCUACUACGUCUUCGGAGACCUAAGUGGCGGUUGUGAGAGUUACCUAGUCAACCUGUCUCUGAACGACAAUGAUGGCUCCAGUGGGGCCUCGGACCAAGACACCUUGGCCCCUCUACCAGGGGCCACUCCCUGGCCCCUGCUGCCCACCUUCUCCUACCAGUACCCAGCUCCACAUCCCUACAGCCCGCAGCCCCCACCGUACCAUGAGCUCUCAUCCUACACCUACGGUGGUGGCAGUGCCAGCAGCCAGCACAGUGAGGGGAGCCGGAGCAGUGGGUCAACUCGAAGUGAUGGGGGGGCAGGGCGUACAGGGAGGCCCGAGGAGCGGGCCCCUGAGUCCAAGUCUGGCAGUGGCAGUGAGUCGGAGCCUUCCAGCCGGGGGGGCAGUGUUCGGCGGGGUGGGGAACCUGGUGGAACUGGUGAUGGGGGUCCUCCCCCAUCCAGGGGCUCUUCAGGGGCUGCUCCCAAUCUUCGAGCCCACCCAGGGCUCCAUCCCUAUGGACCACCUCCUGGCAUGGCUCUCCCCUAUAAUCCCAUGAUGGUGGUCAUGAUGCCCCCACCCCCACCUCCAGUCCCCCCAGCAGUGCAGCCCCCAGGGGCUCCUCCUGUCAGAGACCUGGGCUCUGUGCCUCCAGAGCUGACAGCCAGCCGCCAGAGCUUCCACAUGGCCAUGGGCAACCCCAGUGAGUUCUUUGUGGAUGUCAUGUGAGCCCACUGUGGGGCCCAGUUGGACGGCACUCGGUUUGUCCCGCAGUGCUUGGUGCUCCCGUUCUGGGUGUCUUGUCCAUCACAGGCUCACUACUCCUCUGGUGCCUGGGCUCAGCCUCUCCUGUGGGCUGCUGCCUGUUGUGAGGCUGUCGCCACUGUGACUUAACCAGCAGUGCCUGGUUCCUCCCCUCCCCUCCGGGAUGUACAAGGGACCUUUGUUUUUAGCUUUACUAUUUCUUAUAAGCCUUUGGGGGGUUAAAAUAGGUUUUCAUACAUUUUUCAGACUAUAUUUUUAGUAGACAUUUUCUCUUUUAUAUGAAGAAUUCCUGUCUCUUGGGCCCUUUCUAACCCCAAAAUGUGACCUCCUACUCUGUUCACCUAGUCAGCUCUGUCGUGCACAGAAUGGGGCAGUGGUCAGUGGUACCCUGGGAGGAAGGGGGCCUAUUACAUUAGACAGAAGUGAAAGGAAGCUGGGGUGUUUGGUAUUUGGGGGCUGUGUAGCUGCUUUUGUUAUCCUAUUUAUUUUAGUUACAUGUAUAAAACACCAAAAAUAAAAGCAAUAGGGGCAAACU